AUGUUGGAUCGACCGGAUUUCGAAAACCAUACGGCCAAGACAUUGCUGGUUCGGAAGAUGUCCGCCCCUCAACAAAGCGCGGUCCACCCCACCGCCACCGCCCAUUCUCCGACCCAUCCCAGCUCAAGCAACACGGUUCAAACAGCCGGGAUCCGGAGGAUGUCGGCGAUUGGAGUGCGUCGCGCUUCCAGUCGACACUACCCAACAGUUUACGCUUAUCCGUUGCCGCGGAGUUCCGAGAGUAUGGACAAGAAGAGGAGGGGAUCCAGUUAUCGGAUCGAAAUCCCGGCUCAUAUGUUGUUGUUGGAUCGACAUCCAUCAAGCGUUUCGUCCUCAUCUUCGAUGAAGAAGUACUUGAAACAGCAGCAGGAGCUGUUGGAUGAGCAACAACAAAGUCGAGGGAGCAGUAAGUUACUUUUUAUUUCGUUUUUCUAAUAUUUUUGACCUUUACGAACCAAAGAAAACUUGAUGACAUUGAGGAUUAUCCCCCUUUUUUUAACAGACAACAUUUCACUCUCCUGCGCAAGAAAAGCAAAAUUUUGCAACCACUUUUUAGUUACUGUAUACGUACUUUUGACCUAUUUACAACACCCUUGACCCCGGGGACCCAUCAGAAUCCCAUUUAUCUGUUUUUUUGACCUCGUUUGUUUUUAAAAACCCGCGCUAUAAAGACCACAAUGCCGCCAAAAAAGGACACGGGGAUGGAUCUGUUGGAAUUGAGUGAAAUGAAGUGAAAAAUGGGGACAACAAAGUGGCCGGAAAUCUUCAUUCCGAGGGUCAAAAAACGCGCGGCUUUCGCACAAUGGAUAAAGGGAGGAUGCCCGAGGGUGGGCGCAUCCCAAAACACCCGCCUCGCGACAUAUUCAGGUCUUUUGUCAUUGCGAUGUCAUAACUCCAUAUUGUGUGGGAUGACAAUGGGAUUUUUGGGGCCUGGAAGGAAGAUCAGAAAAAUUUUGAGGAAAAACGGACUUUUAAUUCACCUUGAUCGGCUAAAAGUCCAUAUUUGUGAUGAUUUAACUUAAUGUCAUCAAGUGUAAUAUCAAAAAUUAAUUUUUUCAGUCAAAAUCGAGUUUCGUUUUACACCUAUAACAUCGUAUUUUAGUACCUUUUCUGCCUGGAUUUUCUCUCUGUGGCGCCAUUCUUCUUGGAGCUGCCGCCUUGGCCCUAUUUGUCCUACUUUUGACCCAAUCCACAACCCACGAAACCAAGCUUUGUGGAGGCGAUCCCCAGCCUCCCCGAGUGUCAUGA